GGUCAUUUCACUCGCGCUGUUGCAGGAAGCCGGCAUUUUGUAAAUAUUAUUCCCAUUUAGGGGAAAAUAGGCGAUUAAAUAAGGCACACGUGAGUGGACGCUUGUGUCCAAUUGGAGCCUGGUUGCUGGAACGUCCCGCUUCGAGACACUGAACAUGGCGCUUGGCCAAACUUGAUUCCUGCCAGUAAACCCAACUAAAUGUUACUUAUCUGAUAAAAAACCCCAAAUGAAACUCUUUUAUUAUUAAUGACCCCGCCUUACGCAUUAUCUUUCACACAGGUGAGUCACCUGUGUUUCCUCAGCUGCGAGAAAACACCUGUGGCAUUCGUCACUCGUCGCACAAACAGGCCUUUAUGCACUGAACAGAAAAGGAAAACGAAAUAGCAUAGUUGAUUUAACGUGUUGGAUGGGCUCACAGUUUUGAUUCUAAACCUAUUGGUUAUUCUUCAGAUUAUUAUGAUUAUUCCGUGGUUUUGCGGUCAUUUUUGAGGGCUGCAUGAAAACUCAAUCUUUGAAAUUGAAAGUCGCCAAGUUUGUAGCCCACGCUCUAAACUGCCUUGCUGAUCUUUUUACCAAACCAGGUUAGAUUUGGAGUCUAUCUUGGCGAUUUGCGCGCUUCCCAAACAAACUAAUAUGAGCAUUUUUAUCUUGCCAGGAUAAAAAACCUUCAUUGCUCAAAAGAUGUGUCCACUGUGGGCUACUGUAAAAAAAGUUCGGUUCAAUUUUCCACACUGGACCUCAGCUUAGACAUCAUUAGCAUGUUUUGGUGCCAAGAAGCUAAAAAUAUUCAUAAUCAAACAAACCCUGGACCGGUAUAUCAAGUUUUGUGUGGACAUCAAGCUGUUUCGUUUUUUGUUUCGUUUUAUUUCUAAAUGUAUGGUUGUAUGAGAAACGGCGGCCUUCGCCACGCACACAUUCAGAUUUAAGUCUGUGAUGUAACUUAUUCAUUUAUUCAUAUACAGAUGUUUCAUCUGGUGGAAACUAAAGGUUGUACAUCACUAACUCUCCUACACCAAAGUCCAUAAGGGAAAAACUGACAUUACUAGGGUGGCCAUAUGUCCGGAAUACCCUGUCCUCCUCUUUGGAGUUGCCCUGAAAACAUAACUUCCACUGCCCUAUGGCUUAACAAAUAAUUGGCUAAAAGGGGUGUCGAUCAAAUCUGUCUGCUUUAUCAUUGGUUAAAAAAAAACGUAAACAAGGCUGCGUACGGAAAAAAUAAUACCAAAACGUAAAACAUGGUUUCUGUCAAUUUCACCUUUCCACUGCGACAAAAAAACCCUGAAUGCUGUCAGGAAAGAGCAGAAAUAUUGCAUGUUUACAUUUACAACUAUGCGUUUAUGAAAUGUAAUGUAAUACGAUACAGAUUUAAGUUCUCAGUUGUCAGGUCUUCAAACCGGAUGUUUUGUGAGUAAAUACAAAGUGUCUGAAACUGACAAAUGGGUGGGUUGAGUUCUGGCCCGCGAGCCGUAUGUUUGACACCCCUGCAAAUAGAGUAUCUCAUAAUCACUGUAUCAUCAUGUACCGCCGUUUUCGUUUUGUGACCUUUUCAUAAUUUCUCUUGUGUUAUUGUUUGACUAUUAUUCAUGUUCUUGAUGUUGGCGACUCCUUUUUUCCACUGCCAAGUUUGAAACCCUCGGCAAAACCAAAUAAAUACCACUAUUGUCACUUUGUUAGGGUAAAAAAAAAAUAUAUAUAUAAUAAUCAAGAACUUCUACAUAUAGUCUUGCACUUGGGACCAUGUGAGUGUUUAUUACAGCUGAUAGCAGAGCAAAGAUUUAUCCAACCUCAGUGACACUCUAGGGUUAACAACAGACCAGACAACUCAAUCAUGCUCCACAGUGUGAACCUCCUCUUUCCUUCCCUGCAGCUGCACAGUGUGACUGUGGAGUAGAGUGACUCAGCGGAGCACGUCGCACUCCACACGGCGAACAUGGCAGAUAUUUACCAGUAUCCUGUUUUCUUUGACUGUCCCGUUCUGCUGGAGGAGCGGCAGAGGCGGAGAGUACAGAACUAUCUGAGUCUGCGAAACAAGUCUGGCGGGGGGGACUGUGGUCGACUGACCAGAGUCAACGACACAGUCUACAGUAUUGCGUACUGGAGGCAGAAGGAUCAACAAAGCGUCCUGCAGAAACGUGAGCAUGUUGUAGAGCUCUCAGGUGGGCCUCUAGUUUUCACUGUGCGAGCCAGCCUUGAACCUGACACCUCCGCUCCCAUCACCACUUCCACCAUGAACCCUCAUUUAACACUUCCUGCUCAGUCUACUGCUGCCUCAAUACCUCCAUCAAGUGGUGAAGAGUAUGAACUACAGUGUGACACUUACCUCCUUAAUUAUCUGAAGGAAUCUGACAAGGCCAGGAAAGAGCUAGAUACAGAACUUGCCUCAAUGGCCUGCACUGCUCAGUUUUACCCAGAGAAGGGCAGGGUUUUGGUCAGGAGAUUAGCUCAUCCUGCUGCUGCAGAUGAAGGCACAAACUGGAAAGCUGAGGUGGACCGGCUCUUUGAUGGCUACCUGUGCCACUUUGAGGUGGAUUCCCACAAAAUCAAGGCUUUGCUUAAGUAUUGCAGCUCUCACCUCUCCUCAGAUCAGGUGAAAGUGUACGAUGAAAUUGGUAUGGCUGUUGUGGUUGGAAAACACGCCCAGGUUACUGCCGCAUUAAUGGAUGUAGAGGACUAUGCUCUUAAAUUUCAAGGGUCCUCUUUAAAUGAGACGCACACCACCACUCUGCGACUUGGUGAGGCCAAACUCCGCCUUCUGUGGAGAGAAUUGGAGAACGGUUUGAGAGAAAAAUGUCCAGGUGUUAAGGUCACACAGAGAGAUGCAUCCCAGGUGGUUUUGGAAGGUCCUGUGAGGGAAAUUCUCAAGGCUGGUGAAUGGAUAUCUGAAAAAGCGAGUCUGGUGUCAGAAAGGACAGUUUCUAAGUUGAGCCCACAUCUUUUGGCCUUUCUUAGGAAAGCUUAUGGAGGCCAAGGAAUGCUAGGUGACUUCUUACAGCUUGGUGAUGAGGUGGAAAUAGAGUUACAAGACAGGGAGCUUCGUUUGUUCUCCAUCUUUGUAGAUAAACUAGAUGUUGCAGAGGCAGCCCUGCAGGCUGAAUUCAAGGAAGUAGACAUUGAUGUUCCUAACUGCUAUAAUUUGUCAGUGGAACUUCAGAGGAUACUUAAGUCCAAGACAAAUGAGAUGAACCAGUGGCAAUGUAGGGCCAAUGUCCUGUUUAAUUCUAACAGCACUAUAUGCUUACUGGGCCACACCAAAGAGGUUGAAGACCUGAAUCAAACUGUCACAGAGUUUAUUUUGCUAAAAUCCAUCCCUUUUUCAGAGUUGGCACAAGAACUGCUUCGGCAGCCGGGCUUUGAUUUCUCAGAGGUUACCUUCCACCCUUUCAAACUUUCCUCUGAGCCCAGGUUGGUGCUGGAAGGGCCUUCCAGCAAAGUGACUGACCUCAGAAACCUGCUGGGUGAAUUUCUAGACCCAUCAGAAAUGCACCCAGUUCAGGGGCAAAACAAUUCCAAACAGGUGGCAUCUUCUUUGGAUGAAGGUAUAGUUGCCAGCUACACCCUUUGUGAUGGGCUCCAGGUAGUGGUGUGUCAUGGUGACAUCACCAAACAGGAUGCUGAAGCCCUGGUUAAUGCUGCCAAUGAAGAUCUGGAUCACUGCCGAGGUCUUGCUGCUGCUCUGAGUGGAGCAGGCGGCCCUGAAGUACAGAGGGAGAGUAAUGACAUAGUAAAGCGGAAUGGGAAAAUUCCCAUAGGUGAAGUGGUAACGACCACAGGGGGGGACUUGCGCUGUCAGAGACUGCUGCAUGCUGUUGGACCUGUAGCUGGAGACACAGCUGGCAGAGGAAGGCUGUUGCUGGAAAAAACGAUACACUCCGCUCUGAAUAAGGCUGAAGGAAUGGCGAUGUACUCUAUUGCCAUACCCUGUAUCAGCUCAGGGGUGUUUGGUGCUCCUAUCUGCUCUGAGGCUAUUGUGACUGCUGUGAAAGAGUUUGGUAAUCAGGAAGAGCGAGAGAGUCUGAGAAAAAUCAUCUUGAUUGAUAACAGAGAAGAGGUGGUGAGGGCCAUGCAAGAAGCAUGUGACAGGCUGUUGCAAAGGAAUAGUUCCAGAUUUGGUCCACCUAGUGAGUCGGAGUUUCAUAUGCAUGUUGACUCCCAAUACGCAGACAGAGGAGCCACUGCUGGACCUCCUGCAGACAGUGUCCAUUUCGAGGUUGUUCAGGAAGUCAUUGAAAAACAGAGGGUGGAUGUUGUGGUAUGUCCCAUGGUUGGAAACAAUCCUUUCUCCACCAAUGUUGGAAGGACUUUGGCUGAAAUCGUUGGAUCCCAGUUGACCGCUGGGUUCAAAAAGGAAGCAGGACAGGAUUUGUUCCCUGGUGAUGCAGUUCUGGUGGAGGGCUUUAGAGGACAUCCAUUCAAUGCAGUGUUCUUCCUCAACCUAUGUUCCUAUGAUGGUGAUGAAGACGGAGGUGCAGUUCAGGUUUUGAGAAUGGGCAUCAAACAAGUCCUAUCUUCCUGUGAGAAUCACAGGUUUGGAUCUGUUGCUUUCCCUGUAGUCGGAGCUGGGAUGCUCUUGGAGUUUCCCAGAAACUUGGUGGCCAGGGUUCUACUGGAGGAAAUUCGGGAAUUUAAACAGAACCAACUGAACAGAACGCCUGAAUUCCUGAUCCGAAUUGCCAUCCACCCCAAUGACACAGAGGCUACCGAGGUCUUCAAAGAAUUUCUAAAAGAUACUGAUCAACCAGACCAAGUGUCGACUCCAACAAGGAUCUUCUUGCUUGGAAAGACUGGAUCUGGGAAAAGCACCCUAGCUAACAGCAUAUUUGGGGAGGAGAAUUUGUUCCCCACAAGCUCUUCAUUCACUUCGAAAACAACUGAAUGUAAGGUUGAAACAAGAACUGUCAGAGGAAGAGACAUCACUUUGAUCGACACCCCUGGUUACUUUGAUACAGACAGACAGGAGGAGGAGAUUAGGUCUCAGAUGAUGAGGGGUAUCACAGAGUGCGCGCCAGGGCCUCACGUUUUUCUCAUUGUGCUUAAAAUUGAGAGAUUCACUCAGCAGGAGCAGGCAGUCAUCUCCGAAAUCCAACGAACCUUCUCCGAAGAUGCUCUUAGGUUUGCUGUUGUCGUCUUCACUCAUGGCGACCAACUCGCUGAAGGGAGUAAGAUUCAGGACUUAAUCCGUGAGAAUAGGAAUCUGGAUUUUCUGGUGCAGAAGUGUGGUGGCCGGUACAUUGUCUUCAAUAAUAACCCCCAAAAGAACAAACUGCAGGGCAACUACAGCAGCAAGCAGGUGGAAGACCUUCUGAGCACAAUUAACAAGAUGAACAUGGAAAAUAAUGGAGGCUACUACACCAACAAGAUGCUGCAAGAAGUGAGAGACGACAUAUGGAAUGAGGUAACAAAAAUGGCCCUGAACAUCACCACUCGUUCACCAUUCGCCAACGACACCAUCGUGGAUGACAGAGUCGGAACCAUCACAGGCGCCCUCAUCCUGAGCCUCGUCUUCCUCGUGGGACUCCCCGGAAACGUCUUUGUCAUCUGGAGCAUCCUCGCCCGCGCUCGAAAGCAGUCCAUCACCACUCUCCUCAUCCUCAACCUCGCGAUCGCCGACGGCUCCCUUAUGGCUCUCACGCCAUUCUUCAUUGUCUACCUGGCUCUGAAAAAAUGGGUGUUCCAGAGAACAAUGUGCAAGAUACUUUUCUACCUGUGCCUGGCCAACAUGUAUGCCUCCAUUCAUCUCAUCAUGCUGAUGAGCCUCUACAGGUUCAUGGCCAUCCUGUGGCCACAGCGCAUCAGUGUCAUCACUGGACGGAGGACUGUGCUGCGGGUGCUGGCGGGGUUGUGGGUGGUAGUGAUCGUCGCCUCCAUUCCGGCAGUUAUCUACAGAGAAACAAAGAAUAUGGGGAAUACUGUGGUGUGCGACUCAUUCCACGCCGAACCCAAGGAUACGAUCCUGCAGUACUCGCUGGAGCUCGUGUUGGGCUGUUUCAUCCCCUACAGCGUCAUUUUAGUCAGCUACCUGUGCAUCUUACGUCGGAUCCGACAGACCAAGUUCCGCCGUCGAAUUCGGAGCGAGAAGCUCAUCCUGGCCAUUGUGCUGACUUUCUGCCUCCUCUGGUUGCCCUACCAUGUCAUCAACAUGGUGCAAGUUUCAUGGGCCUUGUGUCCUGAAGGUGCAGUGAAAAACACGCUGAGAAACAUAUGGCACAGCAGCCGCGCUGUCACCGCCUCCAUCGCCUUCAUCAGCAGCAGUGUGAACCCAGUGCUUUACUUCUUCGCUGGAAAGUCGUACAUUCGCAGAGAGGGGCUGGCGUUUAUGGCGCGCUUGUUUGAGGGCGCGGGGAUAGACUCCGGCACCAGGAAGAGCCGGAACAGCCAGAACAGUCGCGACAAAGACAAGGACCAAGAAGCAGAUUCUGUCAUGCUAAAGGAGAAAAACUCUCUCACCAACUCCAGUUCUAAUGUCAAACCGGUGAACAACGGCAAGUAGGGACUGGUUUAGCGUUCCUCUGGACGGAAAAUGUAAAUUAUUCCUCCUCUGGGUCACAAGCAAAUUUCAAUUUUCAAUUUCAAGAAGAGUGGUUCUUUGACAUGUUCUGUUGCUGCAGCAGAACAUGAAUUCAGACAGACUUUUGAAAACGGGGAGGAACGUGACCUGGCACGCUGCUCCUGGGACAGCUAGCUGCCCGAGGCACCACUAAAUCACACUGUCUUCUUUGUGGUGAACAUGCAUAAAGAGAAAAGAGCCUCGAACAGCUCAUAAAGACAAACUAUGGACAUUUUAUCACUCAACUUCAUAAGAAGUACAUUUACUUGGACAUCCAUCCAAAGAGAGUGGGAACUCUGUUUUUACUGUGUGUGUAAUUUUCUUUGUGUAAUGUUUUAAAAAAAUGCAUGACAUAAGCGAAAUGUUUAAAUUGAACUGAAACGGUAACAUGCUGUUACAUCUCGGUGAUGACUUGAAUGAGUGAGUGAAGUUGAGAGUUCAAUGACAGAGGCACUUGAUUUUGAAUGUACAAUAAUAGUCAAAGCACAUUUCAUGUGUGUAGGCCCAUGUCUUUCAUGGAUUUUUCCUCUUUUAAAGCAGUUUUUCUUCUUCAGGAUGUAAAUAUGUCAUCGGCAUAUUAUCAGAGAUAGUUCGUCAUCCAUUCCUCUUUGUGUUUUUAGGCAACAGACAUACAUUUUGGUCUAUUGUUACUGCUCAGUGCUCCACUUUGUUCGCUGGGCUUUGUUUUUGUGUUAAGCACUGAGCAGGUUUCAGGUUUUUGCUUGAACACGAAGCACUCGAAAUAUUCUAUGGAAAGGUAGUGCGCGAAGCUAAUAGAAAACAUGAAAUAAUGCAACUUUUAGAACACGCUGACAUGGGGGAGGGGCAUUAAGAGAUGUUCAGUGGUUAUCUAUACCAAGGUACCAAGACUUGUUACUGGUGGUACUUUGAGUGUACAAGAAGGAGGUCAGAAAUUCUGUCAUAGUAGCCCGGCUAGCAUGAAAGCACUUGAACCAGUAUUUGGAAAAAUCUGGGCCAGGAAAUUGAGCACAAAUGGGCUCAGGUCAAUUGUCCAUAAGUGUUAAUGGGAAGAAAAGACUGGGAUGAUGAUUUAUCAUGCACAAUAUUGUCAUUUGGUCACAAAAGAAAAAAAGUGUAAUUGCCAGUUAGUGCACCAUCUUAUCGUUGAACCAGCAGGGACCUGGACACCUGCUCACACUGAUAAAAUGACUGCUCACAGGGGGACAUAACGAUGUUGUAAUCGCUUGACCAAAGACUCACUGAAUAAAAUCUACACCUUUGUAAGUCUA